AUGACUUUCGCUCGCUUUUGCUCCGCGUUGAUCGCGGUGGCUUCCUCGGUUGCCGCCCUCAAGGUCAACCCGCUCCCAGCUCCGCGCCACAUUUCUUGGGGAUCAUCAGGCCCCAAACCGCUAGCAUCAUCUGUCACGCUGCGCUGUUCCCAGGAUACAGGCGACAGCAUUAUCACCAAUGCUUGGGAUCGCACCUGGAACUCAAUCACCUCUCUACAAUGGGUUCCCGCUGCGACUGAGGCACCCAUCGGUUCCUUCGACCCAUUUCCAACCCCGACCCCAUCCCCGAGUGCUGCAAACAAGGCGAAGCGCGCCGAAUUACCGAUACAUUUUGUGGGAGUUGAGGUAGAGGAUUGGGAAGCCGACCUGCAACAUGGAGUUGACGAGUCCUAUACUCUCGAUGCAAGGGACGGCUCAGAUACUGUCCAGAUCUCGGCGAAGACCGUCUGGGGUGUUCUUCGUGCUUUCACCACUUUGCAACAGAUUAUUAUCUCGGAAGGAGGUGCUUUGAUCAUCGAACAGCCAGUGCAUAUCCAGGAUGCGCCCCUUUACCCGUACCGCGGAAUCAUGAUGGACACUGGCCGCAACUUCAUUUCAGUCCCCAAGAUCUAUGAGCAGCUUGAUGGGAUGGCCCUGUCCAAGCUCAAUGUCCUUCAUUGGCACUUGGACGAUACCCAGUCAUGGCCUGUGCAUAUUGAUGCCUAUCCCCAAAUGACCAAGGAUGCAUACUCCGAGCGUGAAAUCUACUCGCAUGACGACCUGCAUAACGUGGUGGCGUACGCCCGCGCUCGCGGUAUUCGAGUGAUUCCUGAAAUCGACAUGCCCGCUCACUCUGCCUCUGGCUGGCAGCAAGUCGACCCGGAUAUUGUGACCUGCGCCAACUCAUGGUGGUCCAACGACAACUGGCCUCUGCACACUGCAGUCCAGCCGAACCCUGGGCAACUCGAUAUCAUAAAUCCCAAGACAUAUGAUAUUGUUCGCGACGUCUACACCGAGCUUUCAGGUAUCUUCCCGGAUAAUUGGUUCCACGUCGGCGGCGACGAGAUCAACGCCAACUGCUACAACUUUAGCACCUACGUGACCGAAUGGUUUGCGGAGGAUCCGUCGCGCACGUACAACGACCUAAUGCAGCAUUGGGUGGACAACGCUGUACCGAUCUUCAACAGUGUCAGCGAAUCUCGCCGUCUUGUCAUGUGGGAAGACGUCGUUCUCAACACGGAGCAUGCCGAUGAGGUGCCCACAGACAUUGUCAUGCAGAGCUGGAACAACGGCCUCGAGAACAUUGGCAAGCUUACAGAGGCCGGAUACGACGUCAUCGUCUCGUCUUCAGAUUUCCUCUACCUUGACUGCGGCCGCGGAGGAUAUGUCACCAACGACAUCCGAUACAACGAAAUGAGCAACCCUGACCCCGAAACCCCCAGCUUCAACUACGGCGGCAUCGGCGGCUCUUGGUGCGCCCCAUACAAGACCUGGCAACGAAUCUACAGCUACGACUUUACGCAAAACCUCACUGAGAGCCAGGCGAAGCACGUCAUUGGUGCCACUGCACCGCUCUGGUCCGAGCAGAUCGACGACGCGAACAUUUCGAACAAUUUCUGGCCCCGUGCCGCGGCUCUGGCCGAGCUGGUGUGGUCUGGGAACCGCGAUGCGAAGGGGAACAAGCGCACUACGCUCUUUACACAGCGCAUUCUUAACUUCCGCGAGUACCUGCUCGCCAACGGCGUGAUGGCCGCUCCAGUGGUCCCCAAGUACUGCAUGCAGCACCCACACGCGUGCGAUCUCUACUAUGACCAGACUGCCUUUCAUUAG